AUGGCGGGACCUAUUCUUCGUUCUCUCUGGUCCUCUACCAGAAAAUCGUUUUCCUCUUCGCCAUCCCUUUUCACCCCAUAUCAUUUGUUGCCGCCAACCAACACCGGUUCCCGCGCUUUCUCCGCCGCCCUGGCUACCGCCGCUGUCGAACCUAGCAUCGCUCUCAACCCCAGCUGCCUCCGCAACGUCGCCGUGAUUGCUCAUGUUGACCAUGGCAAGACCACCCUCAUGGAUCGACUGCUUCGUCAGUGUGGCGCCGAUAUACCCCACGAGCGCGCCAUGGAUUCCAUCAGUCUGGAGCGCGAGCGCGGUAUCACGAUCGCUUCCAAGGUUACUUCGGUUUCAUGGAAGGAAAAUGAGCUAAAUAUGGUUGAUACACCUGGACACGCAGAUUUUGGUGGUGAAGUUGAACGAGUUGUUGGCAUGGUUGAGGGAGCAGUAUUGGUUGUAGAUGCUGGUGAAGGUCCCCUUGCACAAACAAAAUUUGUUUUGGCAAAAGCCUUAAAGUAUGGGUUGCGGCCUCUUCUUCUUUUGAACAAAGUAGACCGACCUUCAGUCUCUGAGGAGAGGUGUAAUGAAGUUGAGAGUGUGGUGUUUGAUCUUUUUGCCAACCUUGGUGCAACAGAGGAACAAUUAGACUUUCCAGUUCUUUAUGCUUCUGCUAAAGAAGGAUGGGCAUCCACCACCUUUACCAAGGAUCCUCCUGCUGAGACAAAAAAUAUGUCACAGCUUCUUGAUGCCAUUGUAACUCAUGUCCCCCCACCAAAGGCAAACAUUGGUGCGCCUUUUCAAAUGCUGGUUUCAAUGAUGGAACGGGAUUUCUAUCUUGGGCGAAUUUUGACUGGACGUGUUCAUUCUGGGAUUGUUCGUGUAGGUGACAAGGUUCAUGGUCUAUCUAACAAAGAUUCUGGAGUAGAAAAGAUUGAAGAUGGAAAGGUUGUGAAAUUAAUGAAAAAGAAGGGUACAAGCAUGGUUCCAAUUGAUUGUGCUGGAGCUGGUGAUAUUAUUUCGAUGGCUGGGUUGGCGAGUCCGAUAAUAGGCAACACAGUAGCAACUGCGGAGAUUAUGGCUGCAUUACCCACAAUUGAGCUGGAUCCUCCAACAAUUUCCAUGACUUUUGGUGUAAAUGACUCUCCUUUAGCUGGUCGUGAUGGUACUCAUUUGACUGGAGGAAAAAUUGGCAAUCGGCUGGUGUCCGAAGCUGAAACAAACAUUGCCAUAAAUGUGCUACCAGGCUUAUCAGAUUCAUAUGAAGUUCAGGGAAGAGGAGAGCUACAAUUGGGUAUCCUUAUUGAGAAUAUGAGGCGUGAAGGAUUUGAGUUGUCUGUCUCUCCGCCUAAAGUCAUGUAUAAAACUGAAAGUGGUGAGAAACUUGAGCCGAUUGAAGAAGUUACAAUUGAGGUAAAUGAUGAGCAUGUUGGGUUAGUUAUGGAGGCCUUAUCUCAUAGGCGAGCUGAAGUUAUGGACAUGGGUCCCGUCUCUGGAACUGCUGGUCGGACUAGAUUGUCUUUGACUUGUCCAUCAAGGGGCCUGGUUGGUUAUAGAAGUGUGUUCAGCAGUGACACGCGUGGAACUGGCUUCAUGCACCGUGCUUUCCUUAGGUAUGAAAAAUUUCGAGGUCCUCUUGGCAAUGUCAGGAAAGGAGUAUUGGUAUCAAUGGGUUAUGGUACAAUUAGGGCUUAUGCAUUAAUGAGCUUAGAAGCUCGUGGGACUUUAUUUGUAUCCCCGGGAAUGGAGACAUAUGAUGGGAUGAUUAUUGGUGAACACUCACGAGAUACAGAUCUUGAUGUCAAUCCAGUGAGAGCUAAGGAACUUACAAAUAUUCGUGCUGCUGGCAGUGAUGAAAAUAUCAAGCUGUCUCCUCCUCGUCUUAUGACCCUUGAAGAAGCCAUAGGAUAUGUAGCUUCAGAUGAGCUUAUCGAGGUGACUCCAAAGGCUAUACGGUUGAGGAAGAAAUAUCUUGAUGUUAACAAGCGCAAAAGCAUGAGUAAAAAGCCAAAGGAAUGAGUGAGGACUUCGUCCUCGAAACAUUUUUGUAACAGUAAGUGUAUUUUAUUGUCGUUACUCAGUCACUAUCAUUUUUGGGUGAUCCUGUUCUGGCUUAGUUCGAGUAAUUUAUAACACCUAGUACCUAAAGAAUUAUUCUUUGAGCAAAGCAACUCUAUGCUUUCCAUGAAAUAAAAAUGUGGCAAUGGAAGACGUUGCUUACUGUAAUGUGAUGUGAAGAGGAUAAUUUCUUAGUGUGUGUUUGGCAAUACAACUCGGCAGUUGAAUCACAUGGCCAUUACUAGGAAUUAUACAACAAUGCUUUACUCCGUAAUGUUGCUAUUUAUGUGACCAACCAGUGCAAGAUUGUGAUGAUUCA